CUUCGGUAAACGGGACUUCGACGUCAUCAACAACAAACAUUCCCUCCGACCAUCCGUCAAUUACCACACAGAGCCCUACAUCGGAAGAAACAACUUCGACGCAAACAACCGAGAAAUCAACGACACCAAAACCAACAACAAUCACUCCGUCAACCACGGUCCCAUUGACCACACCAACAACCACUACAAUAAAAACUUCUACUCAAACAACAUCAGCUACAACAAUUACAUCAACAGUUCAAACACCCACAUCAACAACAACAAAAACAACGACAAACGCAACUCAAACAUCAACCACGCCCACGUCAACAACAACAACGCCAAUAACAACGACGCCAAUAACAUCAACUGGAACAACUAAAUCAACUUCAGCUCCGGUAGCUUCAACAACUGCGUUUAAAACAACAACGACGACUACAUCAAUGUCAACACCUUCUACACCUAGCAAACAGAAUCUCACUGUAGCAAUGAACGACAUCCUCUUUAAUCCAACGGAUGUGACGUCACUGACCUUACGUUGCGAUGGGAGCUACCGGGGACGCUUAGAGAGCUUGACAAUACGAAAGCAGUUCAAGGAUGGCUUCGAACCAAUCGCUGUUGCAAUCUUUAAUGAUAGCAACUUUGUGGAGGUCGUAAAGUUAUAUCCGAAUAUUACUCAUCUUGUUGACGUAACUUCUGAUUCGGUGACGUUGUCUUUGAAUUUGGACCCGUUCCGAUGCAUUGAUCUGACAAAUUAUACGUGUUCUGUGGUUGACGAGGAAGAUGUCGCUAGGGCCGAAGCCCCCAUAUCAGUAUUCCUACCGGAGCCUCUGCUGGGAGUCCCGCAUGCCGUUGUGGAGGCUCGGGAACUCACCCUGCAGUGUCUGGCAGAAAUCUGGCACCAAAAUGGAGACGUUGUCUGGAAGUUCAAGCCCCCGCAAGCGACUCGAUUCAUGCUGUUCAGCGUCCCUCCAGUUACCACCGUCAAGUACAACAACUGCACUACCGUAGUUAACAGCACGUUGACGUUUAACGUGACGUCAUUUGAGCACGACGCUGAGUUCCGUUGUGAGAUUGUACCUCGAUGGCCCGACCCCCAGGUCAUACAGACUAGAUUCUCGGAUGUGACGCUUAAAGUUGUGCCAGGCAACUAUUGUGAAGGAAAGCGUCCCAACACCAUUUACCCACACCCGCACGGACCAUGUACACUGGUUGUGUAUUGCCUCAGCACCGGGCCGUUGGUGUUUGAGAUAGAGUGUGAGCCCAACCACUGCUACGAUUACGUCAAGACGGCGUGUGUUUUACGUGACACCGGAUAGAUUACGUCAUCAUAUGUACGAAUUUUAAAAGUUUGAGUGGUUAACAACUUCCAACAUAGUUCUCUUGGCAACUUAAACUGCUUAAUAUUAACCAGAGUUUGGUUUCCUUUCAGGACAUUUUUAUUGUUUGAGCAAAACGAAAGCCUUAAAAGGAGAAUGUUUCCUUUAAUAGGGAAAUCAUAAGUUAGGGAUAACAACAACCGAUGGUCUUGUGAAACGUCCUGCGUGGUAAUGGCGAAGCUAAAUGGCGAUACCGAUACUAUACGUGCGUUUAUGCCUGCGUUCUACAUGGAAUGAUUGAUGUAAGAUAUUAUUUUUAGUAUUUGCACAAGAAAAUCGUGGUGGAUAAAGACAAUCGGAUUCGUAUGUGUAGAAAUGCGUGUUGACCUACCUGUUACUGCUGUAAAACUGUACUGUGUUUCAACACUGUGAUAACAUUAGUGUUUAUUGGGCAUUGUAUAUGUAUGUAUCUACAUAAGAGUUACUGUAUAUUUAGUAUGGUACGGAAUAAAUAUUUACAUCAUUUAAUAUUUUAAUAGAAUGUGCAUUCAAGACACGGGGAUCGAAUGCGGUAUUUGGGUAAACCUAAACGAACAUAUAAUUGCGCCCAAAAAUAAUAUAGAUGUUGAUCCUGAGGAACCAGCUUCUGUCUUGUUAAAAGUCGACUUUCACAAGGGUCGACAAGUCUAAUGCUUUAAAGUUUGGUCAUUAAGUAAAGUAUCGUUUUUCUACAGGUAAUAUAGAUGCUAUAUAACGCUGUGGUGUUCUUUCAACUUUGUAUAUGAUAUUCUGUAUGCAUGUAUACUGUUUUAAUUACAUGUGCAAACCACAGGCAACUUGUGGACACGUUAACCGACAAUCUACCUUACUUGCAUGGCUCAUCAAAUAGUAUCAAAACUCAAAUUAAAUUGAGCAAUGUUCUGAGAAAACUGGGCAUAAUGCAUGUGCGUAAAUUCUCGUCUCAGAUUAGCCUGUGCAGUCCGCACAGGCUAAUCAGGAACGACACUUUCCGCCCAAACUUGAUUUUCUGUAAGGAGGGACUUCCAUGAAACGAAAAAUACCAUAAAAGCA